AUGAGGCCGGCAGCAUACCCGCUGCCGCCAUCGAGCAGCCUUCCGCCUCUGCGGACUCUCGACGGGCUCACCGAGACCGAGAUCACGUCCGCCCUGCAGAGUCUUUCGACGAUUUACUGCUCGCUGCCCGUCUCCGUCGCUUUCCAGCUGAACCCGGAUCACAAAGUCUCUCCUCAUGCCGCAGCGGUAGUCGACUCCGGUUAUGUGUCGGAGACCGACGACGACCAUGAAGAGAUCGACGGCAUCGACCACCACAUCGCCGCCCUCCGCGUCGACACCUUUGAGCGCAACUUCGCCCAGCGCUGGCUGACCGGCUUCAUCGCCCGCGCGGAAACCCUUUCCUGCUUCGAGGACUCGGAAGAAGCAUGCCAGCUCGCCUUGGACCAGGCCUCUUGCGUGCUUGAGUCUUUUUUUGCGCCCCCGGAGGACGACGAUGCGGAGGAUGAGAAGGACCAGGAUUACACCCGCGACUUCGCUUUCGAGCUCUCAGUCCCGGCAAAUGAAACACGCGUUCCCGUCACUGUGCGACUCAACGACCGGCUUGCGGGAACAAACUCUGCUGACCCUGACGAUGUCGGUCUUCAAAGCUGGGGUGCAUCGAUCGUCCUGUCCGAUCUCAUGUGUGCGGAUCCGGCCCGCUUCGGCCUCACCCAGCCAACACUCGGCUCAUCGCCUCGCAUCAUCGAGCUGGGCGCAGGGACUGGACUCGUCAGCUUGGCGCUUGGGAACAUGCUUCCUCACUUGGGUGCAUCAGAACCGACGAUUAUUGCAACGGACUACCACCCAGCAGUCCUCACCAACCUGAGAGCGAACGUGGAGCUCAACUUCCCAUCACCGGAUUCAAGCUCCAUUCAGACGACGGCCCUCGACUGGUCUGCGCCUGACCUGCAAGCACCGCUCGACGUACCGGCAAAGAUCAUCAUCGCGACGGACGUGAUCUACGCUGCGGAGCAUGCGACCUGGUUGAGAGAUUGCGCGACACAGCUUCUUGCAGCCGACGGCGUUUUCUGGCUUCUCGUUACCGUCCGUCGUAAUGGCAAGUUCAACGGGGUCAGCGACACGGUGGAGGGCGCCUUUGCCGCAAAGGACCGACCGGUGGGAAGCAGCGGGAAGCAACUCACCAUUCUGAAUAACGAAGUAAUCGAGAAGCGUAAUGGUGUCGGACGAGGCGACGAGAGUGGGUACAAGCUUCUCAGAAUCGGAUGGGCAUAG